AAUGAUUAUGCGCAUAACAUGGGGCAUAAUCAACAAUAGAAACUUGAUUUUAUUUUAUUUAUCUAUAUAUGAAGUAUUUUUUUUAUACAUAAACUAAGGUCAACUUAAGUAACAUGUCUUGUAAUCAACAUUAUUGGUAAAUAAUUGUAGGGACUUGGUCUAAUAUGGAUGUCAACACCACCUGUGUUGGGCAAGUCAAACGGAAAUUGCACCCAAUACAAGCCUGAAUGCAUCGGUGAGCAGCAGAAACAACUCUUAUACGCGGGGCUGGCCUUUACUGCAGUGGGAAUCGCGGCUCAUACUGCUAGCUAUGCACCCUAUUCACGGGAACAUUUAGAGGUGAUCGAUGACAGUUGUGAUUGUGAAUGUGUGUGUUGUAUUGUGGGAUGUCGCACUCACUAGGUUGCUCUAGUCGCGCUCCUUGUAGCCGCUUUUGUCAAGCCAUGGGCUAUCUUAUUUGGGAUAUGUGCCAUACUUGGUGUGCUUUCUUUUCUUGCUUGCUUGAUUUUGAGGGUUACAAAAGGGUGCAAUGAUAAUAACCCUGCUUUGAGGCCACAAGGGAGCCCCCUUACUACAAUUUUUCGGGUUCUUUUUGCUGCUUCCUCCAAGAGUUUCUGUCGAAGGCCUCAUGAUGCGAACGGGCUAUAUGAAAAACCUGACCCUAAUCAAGAAUUAUUGCCCCAUUCGAAGAGCCUUAGUGGUCUCGAUAAGGCAGCUAUAAUCAAAGCAGAGUCAUCAUUAGAGCAACAAGAACAAAAAAAGAUGGAGCCUUUGCAAAGUAACAGAAGUAGAGGAAACCAAGACAUUUAUUCGCACAAUUCCAAUUUGGAUGACCUUCAUUGUUUGUGGCAUUGUAUCAUCCUUAGGAGCUACCUACUUUCUCGAGCAAGCGAAACGCUUGGAUCCUAGAGCAGGGAAAGCAAAAGCCCCUCUUAUACUCUUCUUAUGGUUUUAUGACCAAUUUCGAAGAAGCUUCACCACUAGCUUCCUUGGCACAUUUGCUUUAAGUGGCCGUUAUGCACCUAGGAUUGGAAUAGUGGUUGCAAUGAUGUACGCUACACUUUCUUGCAUCGCGGCAGCAAAGGUUGAGACAAGAAGGCUCGGAGUUGUCAAGAAUCAUGGCCUAAUUGACAAGCCAGACGAAAGAGUACCUAUGACUAUAUUUUGGCUAUUGCCUCAAUUCGCGUUACUUGGUGGCCUCGAUGGUAUUCAAAGGUUAUGUGCUUAUAGCUUUUCCGUCGAUCAAGCUCCUAGCUCCAUGAUUAAGUACUUCAAUCUUUUCGCUAGGGGGUUCUUCGGACUUGGGGUCAUGGGAAGUGUUGUUUCUGUUUACAUUGUUGGGAUGAUUAGUGAGGCAAAAACAGGAACAAAUUGGUUUCAAAGUACAUUGAACACAAGUCGAUUAGACAACUAUUAUUGGGUGUUGGCUACACUAGCCGCGGUUAAUCUUGUUGUCUAUAUUGUGGUGGCUUGCUUGUAUCGAUAUAGGGAAUCCAGAUUAGAGCAGAUGGUGCAAGGAGCAUUCAACUUCAUGGAUGAUGAUUUUUGAUUGACUUGUUGCAUUAUGCAUAUGAUCGAUUUACAUUCCUUAAUGUUGUUUAUUGUUGUGUUAGUGUUUUAAAUUAUCGAGUUAGAUUGUAUUCUUGAUCUUCUCUAAGGAUGUUAUAACUCAUUGAUCCCCCUUCCCAAUUUGAAUUUUUAUACAUCCUUUUGGAUCUAGUUAAAAUAAUAAGUUGCGAUUAUAUUGUCUUAACGAUUUAUAAA